CAUGGUGCUGGUCAGAUAGUACGUGAAAGCUACAACAAAACAGUCAAACAAAAGACAAAGUUUAUUCAGUAGGACGAUUACGAAAUGAGAAGACUACACAAAAAUCAUGACCGGUGUUGCUAUCAAGAGGCCACAAUGUCUGACUCUUUACUUUGAUCUUGCUGCUAUGCUGGGGAGAUUUUUCUGCAAUGACUACAGUCGUGUGGGUUGUUUGGAAGCAUGCAGCCAUUGAUAUCCAACUACUAUUUCUGAGAGCGGACUCAGCGGAGACUGUCAACACGUGAUCAAAGCUAGGAUAAACUGUUGCCACUGCCAGACUGAACAUCUACUACUGUCCUGAAUACUGCAGAAGAUGGACACGAAAUUGUAGUUUUGCACUGAUGAGAAAUUGCUGGCAAGUAAUAGUUCUUUAUUGCUUGAGUGACUGACCAUUGUCUAGGGUGCUGGUUCCAGUCGAGCUACUCAGUUCUUCAGUUCUCUCCAGUCAGCAUGUCUGCACAGGGAAUCCAGCCAUGGCCGUACUCCAUUAUAAACACUGUGGAUGAUGUGCAGUUCCCUGUUGCCACAGUCAAGUUUGUGCGCCGAGCCAUUGGAGGUAGGGGCGUGGAUCUGUCAAUGCCGGAAGGAUUGCUUGCUGGUUGUAACUGCAGUUCGGAUGCACAGUGCUCUGACUGUGAUCAUCAUGAAAAGGACCAAGAAAGGGAUGGCAAUGGUGAUGCGUCAUCCACUGCAACACCAUCCAGCCAGGCAAGCCAAACAGCUCUGGAUGACGAUGAUGGGGACGAUGCCGGGUCACACUGCACAUGCACGCAUAGGUAUGGAGCAGUUUGCGACCCCACCGGCCGCUUGCUACAGCCAGAGUGGAGUAGAAGGCCGCUGUUGGAGUGCGGCCCGAACUGUGCUUGCCCAAUGUCAUGUGGCAAUCGCUAUGUCCAGCGGAAUUGUCACGGUGCACGAUCUCUAGCAAUCUACAGACGUGCACCUCUAGGCUGGGCUGUAAGAACACUUGUUGCUAUAAAGGCGUUCUCCUUUGUCUGUGAGUAUGCUGGACUGAUUGUUCGAGAGAGGGACGCUCGCAAAAUUGACAGAGAGCGAGGCGAUAACAUGAACUUCCUGCUGAUUUUAAAGGAGCGUCGCAGUGACAGCAGUGCCCUCAAAACUCACGUUGAUGCAUCCACGUGUGGCAAUGUGUCACGCUUCUUCAAUCAUUCCUGCGCUCCCAACCUGGACCUCAGGGCUGUACGCACUGGCAGCAUUGUUCCGCGCCUGGCGUUUUUCGCCCAGCGUGACAUUGUAGCCGGAGAAGACUUGGCAUUUUCCUAUGGUGAUUGUGCACCUCCUGCAGAUGGUGACACUACUCCUCGCCUAAAAUGCAAUUGUGGAGCUGAAAACUGUGGUGGUUUCUUACCGUUUGAUGCUAAUGCCUUUCCUGAUGAAGGUUCAACCCAGGUUCAAUAGAUAUGAGCAUCUGUGCUCGUGCAUUUUCUAGACCAGCAAGAACUAAAGAUUUUGACAUUUGUAGGAUUGUGGUUUCAUGUAGUGUUUCUCUCAGUCCUGUUGUUGUAAGAGACAAAACUGCAAAUAUCCAGUUUGUACACAGUAAGUCUUUACUUCAAGGACUUGCCUGGAAGACCAGUGUGCGAGCGUUUUUUAAUAUUUUAUUACUAUUUUCACAUUCCCAGCUCGAAAAUAAUAAAGAAAGACAAUGAUACUGAGACUAGGA